CACCAAAUGUGAGAGCAUGGCGAGAAGUCGACAUUGAAAUGGACCAUCAACAUUCAACACCCACCCAUACCCAAAACGGUCGGUCGGUCUGUCGGUGAGUGAAUUGUGGGUAUCCUAGGUGUGGGAGCGUAAUGCUCUCCCGCACAUCAUCGCAUGGCAAGGAACCCCGUUGUUGUGCUGGACCUGUGCUAUGCUGGAGAACCACAGGCUGCGAGGCUCGGCGAGCACCGAGUUCGCGUUCAGUUGCAUAUCGUCUUCCGUUCGCGUCGCUCGCAAAAUCUGCCAACUCCCAGGUGAUACCAUUCCAGUUAAGCUCUGAGGUUGAGUGAUUCAGGAUAAAGGUGACAGGAAAAAGAAAAAUCCACCCACAACUUUGUGUGCGAUUGUGGGCCCGCUGCUGCUGUGCCCCAGGUGGAGCUUUUGAAGUCUGUCUCUGGGAAGUGUCUCGUUGGUUCCGGUUCGGAUUAGCGGAGUGAGAGUGCAGCGAAGUUUGAAAAAUUUUCCUCGGCGGCGACCGCAGGGGUUUCCUGGCCAGCUGUAGCUGGAUGGUCACAGGAAUAUAUGGAAAUAAAGGGACGAGAGUGGAAAAAAUUGGAAUAAAGCAUCAGCAGCAGAGCAUCGAAACCGUGAGAGCUGUAGGUAGUGAGUGAGAAGUGAAGGUUUUUCAGUGUUCUGAAAAGGCUUGUCUGUGCAAAAAGUUUGACAUCGCAAGCCAAGUGAGUCUAAUUACCCCGGGAUUUUCCGAGUGUCGUGAAGAAUAGCCAACCCGUGGCGUGCCGUCGUCGGUCGUGCCAUCCAGCCGUGUGUGGGUCCGUAGAUUCAGCCCAACCAAGCAGGCACAAGUCACUCGGGCACUACACUGGAGGUUGUGUGCGUUAUUAUUGGAGGGAAAAUGUGCUCGUGUUUGUGGGGGUGGCAUUUCGGAUCGCCCAAGGGAUUUGAGUGUUUGUUCUAGAAGUGAGAGACGGGAUAUCCGAGGGAAAGUUUCCAUCGUCGUCUGCCUGACCUGGACGCGUGGUUCUGGCCCAAAGUGCAAAGUUUGUUCGGAGGAAAGGUGCAAACAAGAUCUCCAACCUGGUCCAGCACCGGUCCGAACAGCAGCACCACACCUCGGAGCGCACGAUGCGGGCCAUCGGGCGGGUUGGCCAGGCCGUCAACCUAGCCGUGGAACGGUUCGUGACGGUGGGCGAGACAAUCGCAGAUGACAAUCCAGAAAUCAAGCAGGACAUGUACGAUGCCUGCAAGGAGGCACGAGCAGCUGGCUCAUCGAUAGAGCGUUUAUGUGAUAUUGCGGCAACGGAUCCAACGGUGGGAUACUCGCCCCGGCCUAAUCCGAUUGACGACAGAGGACCGAUGAUACGGGCGGCACGGACUCUGCUCAGUUCGGUGACGCGGGUCCUGCUGCUGGCCGAUAUCGUGGUCGUUAAACAGUUAUUAUUAGCCAAAGACAGGGUAGCUAGAACUUUAAGUAGAUUAGAAUCAGUGGCCAAUUUUACAGAAUUCGUGAAAGCCUUCUCAGUAUUCGGCGCUGAGAUGGUGGAGCUGGCGCAUGUGACAGGUAACCGACAGAAUGAUCUGAAGGACGAAAGGCGGAGAGCGCAGAUGUCAUCGGCGCGGCAGGUACUGGAGCGAUCGACGAUGAUGCUGCUGACGUCAUCGAGGACGUGCAUAAGGCAUCCGGAGUGUCCCCACUCCAAGGAGAACCGAGACACCGUGUUUUGCCAGAUGCGGAGAGCAAUGGACUUAAUUCACUACGUGGUGAAAGACGGCAUUCUGGAGACGGCUAGCGAACGGAAUGCGUUACGACAGGUCCCCGAAUGGGACUCGGAACGGGCGACGGCCUUCACCUGCCUGCGGCACUUUUCCCGCCUGAUCGAGAUGUCCCGGCCGGACUACGAGCGGCGCAGUACCAGCGGCAGCAAAACCAGUUCUUCCAUGACGGCAGCCGUAGGGCCACCACCACUCGGUGCCAAAGAUUGCGUCUCGCCAACCGCCAACAUUCGGGAUAAGGAAACCGGCAUCGAGUACCGGCGGGAGCUGACAAGGCGGAACAGCGAGCGCGAUCGCGACAGAAAUUCCAUCGGUCAUUCCAGAGAGUAUAGUACUAGGGAACGCGAGUUUCCCAAAUAUGACAAUAAAUCUGAACUAGGGAUCUCAAUAUUUUCCUCCGACACCCGGGAGCAGCUGCUGGCCGCACUCGACAAGGUUUGUGAAAAGACUCAGGACUUUACCGAUUCGGCGUACACGAGUCACGACUACCGGGAGAACAUUCUGCUGCUGUGCGACCGUGCCAAGCUGGAGCUGAACCAACUGAUGCGGAUCGCCGUCAGCAUGGAGCAGUAUCCGAACGCAUCCUACGACAUCGAAGGCGCCAUCGAGAGCGUCCUGACGGCGGCGCAUGACCUCACCACGCAGCUCACCCUGACGGCGCAGGACCAAUCGGCCGAGCUGUCGCAUAUCAUCAAGGCUGGCAUCGACAUUGCCAACUCGCUCAGGAACAUUGCCUUAAAUCAGGAGAUCGACCGGUUACAGGAGUGCGCCGAUCGGUUUCACGAGCAUAUCGAUCACAUACUGGAGGUAUGUAAGCUGCUGCGACAGAUAGCCCUGACGGAAACGCUGCAGGUGCAAGCCAAGUUCACCGAGAUCAACGUGAGGAUCUACGGACCGCAGGUGAUCACCGCUGCCCGGGCCCUGACGUCGCACCCGGAGAGUAAACACGCCAAAGAUAACCUCGAAGUGUUUGUCGAUAUGUGGCAGUGGCUGUCGACGGACGUGACCACCAUCACCAAGGAGGUGAUCGACCUGGCGCAAACAACGAACAAAACCGACAAAACCACCGAGUAUCUAAGUCUUCCGAGACCUGGGAAACAUGGAACCACAUCGAAACCGCUGAAGCCAACGCGCCUCGACUCGGAGGAGCAGGAAAAAAUUGCCAAAACCGGACUGGAGAUGAAAAUGGUCACCAAUGAGAUGGACGCCGAGACGGACAAGUGGAACGGGGCGUCCGAGGAGAACAACGACAUCGUCAAGAGGGCGAAAAACAUGUCGGCGAUGGCCUUCUCGAUGUACCAGUUCACCAAGGGCGAGGGAACCCUCCGGACGACGCAGGACCUGUUCACCCAGGCGGAGUACUUCGCCGAGGAAGCCAACCGGCUGUACAAAGUGGUCCGCCAGUUUUCCUACCAAGUGCCGGCCGGUGCCCCCAAGAAGGAACUGCUGGACCACCUGGACAAAGUGCCAACCUACGUGCAAACGUUGCAGUUCACCGUCAAAGAUCCGACCGUGGGCAAGGCCGCCACCUUCGUCAAAGUUGACCACGUCAUCCAGGAGACGAAAAAUCUCAUGAAUGUGAUAUCGAAGGUGGUUUCGACCUGUUUCGACUGCGCCAACAAGAUAUACGAACUGACCGGCAUGCCCUUCGACAACCGGUUGAUCAACGUUCCGUCCGUCAUGGCUCCCAUCGAAUCGUCAAUCUUGAGCAGAAAGUCCACCAAUAGCAAGUAUAAGCUAGACUUCAGUGGCCUGGCUGGACGGGCUGCGAGUGGCGGCGCCCGGGACGAAGACGGUUCCUCCGGACUGCAGGGCGAUAGCAAGGGAUCCACAACGAGCACCGAGGCGAGCAUGUGACAGUACGGGAUGGCCCGCCGGGGCGUUAAAGGUGACGCUCGGCGGACCAGAGUGUCCUUCCUGCUGUUUUAGAAUAAGCAUUAAACAUUGCAUAUGACCGUAUUUAUCGAAUUUAUAUUCCGCGUUUGUGUAUGUUUGAUGAUUCUCGUUUAGGAGCAAAAACCCCCGGAUUCCGGUGAGCAAGAACCAAUCGAAGUGAAAUCGAAACCUUACCACCAUCACCAAGUACCAAAAAAAACAGUUAUCAAGAAAGAAGCAGAAUAACCUAAAAGAACCAACUCAAGGUGAACCAGAGAUUCAACCAAGUUUGAUCCCAAAUCCAGUGAGAGUAAAAAACUCAAUUUCUAGAGCGACCAUCAAACCAACCGCAUACACAAAAAGAAACCACAUAACAAAACACACACACGUCAGUCAUAAUUACGAGAAGAAAAAAGUGUUUGUUAAAAUAUGUGUAAUAUGAAAUCAUAAAUAUUGAAAUAUGAAUGUUUAGUGACUCGAAACCAAACAAAAAAACAACCCCUCUAACAAAAAACCCUAAUCUUGAGGAGAAUCCCCCGCUACAUAAAAAGUUCUAGAAACCGCUUCCAGUAAAACGCUUAAUUCAACCCCCAUCCGCUAGCUAUCUCUUUCUAGGCACGCUUAUGACAAACGUACACGUUCAGAUAAACCGCACUGCACACCGCGCUUUAAGUUCCACACCACGCGUAAAACCCUAGGCUCGCUUAUUGUCGAUCGACACCUCUCUGGCUGGCUCUUACAAUAGUACAGUAAUGUAGCGUAGAGUAAACUGAUUCAACUCAAAACAGUUUAGGCAGGCACUCGCAGCGCUCUCUAGUGUUCUUUUAGAGGUAGCACUCUCUCACAAGCAUCACGCAUCAAGCCAUUUCCAUGUAUCGCAUUUUCUAUUCUGGUAACUAGUUAAGCGCUUAGGCUGCUAGCAACGCUCUACAAAUGAAAAUAUUGCAAAUGAACUGUACUGACUGCUGCGUGGACUGUGACAGGUUACAGGUGAACAAAACUUGGAGGUGAGUGAAGUAUAAAACUGAAACAGAUUGGAUCCAUUGGAAAAUUACUACUUAUCAAUAGAAACAACAAUGUUUUAUUUCCAUUAAAGUAAGUAAAAAACCAAGAAAUUGAUGGAGUUGGAACAGUAAGCGAAUCUUAAGUAAAUACACAAAGGAAUAUGUAGGAUAACAGGAAAGAGAAUUGAGAAAAUAAUUAUAAAAUGGAACACUUAAACAAGAACUACCCUAUUGAAUUUGAAACAUACUGUUCGAUUAUGAUUUAAUUGAGUAGCAGAGGGAGGGAAUCUCUCAUUUUGUAACGAACCAUGUGUCAGGUAUGGAGAAAUAUGCUACGAGAAAGGGAGAGGGUGGUGCUUUAUGCUACAUUCACAGUUCACAAGUUUUCGAUACAAAGUUGAAUAAAAAUCUGUAAAACUGAUGUAGCCUCAGCUCACAAGAGUGGACACCAGCACCACCCAGCCAACACAUGAUCACAUAUGAUAUUGAAUAGGAUGCUAAAGUGGAGGCGAUAUGUACACUGUACACGUGGUUAAAUGGAAGCAUGUAUUGUACACAUAUGACUACCACUUUAGCAUCCUAUUCAAUAUCAUAUAUGACUUCGUGUUGGCUGGGCAGAUCAACCUACGGAAAGGGAGUCAUCAGUGUGUGGAUUUUUCCUUUAUUUCUUCGUUAAUGCACUUGAAAAUUUUAUGGGCAAUUUAUUUAUGCAUUGUUAUAGUUUUUUUCAUAAAAAAUCUCUAAUUGAUUCCUUUGAGGAGUCCUACAGCAUUUUUUUAUAAGGAAUUCUUUUGGCAAUGUCUGCGUCAAUUUAUCCAGUAAUGCAUUUCAAAUGUGUUAUUCAAUUUCUUUGUAAAUAUAUGUAAAAACUUUUUUUUUCGAAUCUCAUUCGUCAAUUUCCUAGGGGGUUUCAUUGAUAGUUUCUUCGGCGAUUUCUUCAAAAAUCCCUCCGGCAAAGAAAUGGGAAUUUCUUUAAAAUUAUGUUUAAGUAAUUCCAUUAAAAAUCAUGUGGAAAUUGAGGAAUUGGAAAUUCCCUUUGCAACGCCUUUGAGACAUAAUUUAACAAUUAUAUUAACAUUAUUUUUGUAAUUCCUUUGUAUAUAAUAGUAUUUUUAUUGAUUCCUCCGAAAUCAGCUUCUGUAUUUCCCUUGGAAAUUCAUUCGACAAUUUCUUUUUGAAGCUAUUUGUGGAGCGGACCUGGUGUGAUGGUUAGAACACUAGACUAUCACGCCGAGGACCUGGGAUCGAAUCCCACUCCCAACAAACUCGCAAAAUGUGAGUUCUUUCUUCGGAAGGGAAGUAAAGCAUGGGUCCCAAGAUGAACUAGCCUAGGGCUAAAAAUCUCGUUAAUACAGAUAAAAAAAAUUGAAGCUAUUUAAACUUUGGUUUGUGAAUGCUUUAAUUACUCUUUAAAAAAUAUACAGGGAAUUUCUUCGGCAUUUUCUUUACAAAUUCCUGUGGGUCUUUUUUAUAAAUUCUUUGGCAAUUCUUUUUAUUUUGUUAAUAUAUACAGCUUAAAGACAAUUCAAUCUAGAAAUUCAAUACACUAUCGAUUUGGAAACCUCAAAUUUCCAAGCAAUUAUGUUAUAUUUUCUACAAUUCUUAUGCAAUACUGUUUGGGCAUUUCUUCGGCAGUUUCUUUUUGAAUUCUUUUGGAAAUUUCUAAUGCAGUUCCGUAAGAAACUCAGAAAUUGCUAAUUGUAAUUACUAAAGGAUUUUUUAAAAAGAAUUUUAAGAAAUUCAUAAAGUCAUUGCGAUUUGCAAAAGAAUAGCAAUUUCCAGAAGGAUACCCGAAAUAACCAUUUUCAGCAAUUCCCCAUGGAAUUACCGAAGGAAUCUACAUAGAAGUUGACACAUAAAUUUUCAAAGAAAUUGCCAAAAUCAUAUCUAUGAGAAUUGUCAAAGGAAUCCCUGAAGAUUCUUUUUAAAAAGAUUCCAAUGGAUUUGUCGAGGAAAUUUCCGCAAGAAUUUAAUAGAAGAAUCUGCAGAAUUUUAGAAUUAACAAAAAUUUUAAAGCAAGUUCUAAAGAAAUAGAGCAAUACAUUCUCAAAGAAACCCAUCCAAAACCAUCACUGAAGAAUUAACAAAAUUUAAAGCAGUUACAGAAGGAAUACACAAAUGUAAAUUUCUUUCGCAAAUUUUUUUUAAAUUGAUUACCGAGAGAUUCUUAAAAAAAAAAAUGUACAAAUUUCCAUUAGAUUUACAUGAAAAAUGCCCAACAAGAAAUUUCCAAAAAUAUGAGAAAAAAAUCCCAGAAUUAAAAAUUAAUUAUUGCCAAAAUAAUUUUUAUAUGGAUUUGUAGGGUGUGCUAAACUAUUCUUUGAAGAAAUUUCCGAACUGGAUCCGAAGAAAUUGUCAAAGAAAUGCUCACAGUUAUUACCACUUCAAUUUUGCAAAGAUGUUAGUAUAUAAUAUCCUGCCAAAUAAUUCAAUUUAAAAUAUUUCAAAACAUAAAAAUCCAAUAGAAUUGUCAAGAAAAUUUUCAAAAGAAAUACUGAAUAGAAAUAAAAUUCGAAAAAAUGCUCAAAACAUUCUAAAAUAUUUGACUUGAUUUGAAAACCCAAAUGUUCUGUUUUGUAUUCUGUAUUUUCUAAUUGUUUGGAGAGAUAUUGAGGAUUUUGAUAUGAACGUUCGCCAUCAUGCAUCUAUUCAUAAAAUUAUCAAUUUCAAUUGAACAAUUUCAUUCACGCUAGAAACCUGGAAAAUUAUUGUCAUAGUUUUCAAGUUUAAAACGAUUAUUUUUGAAAAAAAAUCUUUUGGGAGAGUGUCUUUUGGAAUUUUACAAAGUUGAGGUUUUUGGGAGUUUUUACUGUAAUUCAUCUAGGAGGAGUUGCUUCGGCCAUAUAGGCACAGCUCUAAAGGUGUGGGUAUCCAGCGUGACAAUGCUGGAAUUGACCGGUUCAAUUUCCGCUCGAUCCAGAAACUUUUCCUUAAGAAAAUUUCCUUGACUUCUUUGGGCAUAUGGUAUUUUCGUACCUACCACACGACAUGCAAAAUGGACACUUGCAAAUUUCUCUCAGUUUAACACUUCGGAAGUUCUCAUAAAACACUGAGGUGAGAAGCAGACUUUGAGCCAGUGGGGACGUUACGCAAAAAAAGAAGCAGAACAGUUGCUUCAAAGAUUUCUCCAGGAGGGAGUCACUCUCCGGGAUUUUCCGGCCUCCUGGUGUCCAGGAAGAAGUGGCCGGUAUUCUAUUAGUUUUAGCGACUAGUCAAACUUCGUGAAUUUACGAGACAAAUUCUUUGAAGGCUAUUUCGAACAUUUUUUGGUCAUAUUUACCACAUUCCCGAAUCUUCCGGUUUCCUGGUUUCUCCGAUAGAGCGGCCAGUGUUAAAUCCUGUCUCACGACAUGUAAAAUUUUAUGAAUACACGAGACAGAGAAAAUUACUGACAAUGACAAUAUAUUUUUUUUUUUUUUCAUUAGCCACGUUUAUUGAUUUUGAUUGGAAUCUGUUUAGCGAUAUUUAAAACUUCAUAAACUUAUUUUUCCUGGAGUCGUUCCGGAAGUCUUCCAGUAGUGCUUUCUGGAUUUUUUAGACUUUUUUUGGGUUUUGGUCAAGUAUUUUCUUACAUAUUCUUAAAGAGUUUCUAAUGGGAUUCUUCAUAAAAUUCUUUCAGGAAUUCCCCAGUUUUCUCAAUGCUUCCCAACUUUAAAACCAUCGUUUUCAACUUUACAAAUUGUUGUAUCACUUAUUAUGUGGCAAAUUACAAAACAAAAUAUCCGGGAUUAUUCCAAAUAUUUUCAUUUUUGUUCUUACUGAAGCUCCCUUGGAGUAUUUUUGAAAUAUCAGGUAAAAAUUUGGCAAGAACUUCGUAUUCCUCAAGAAGUUUCAUAUUAGAUUUCUCCUUUAAUAAAUUCUGGAAUCUUGACAUAAACUUCUGAAGUGUUCUUAGACAACAGUUAAAAUCUAAUUGGAAAUACCAGAGGAACAUCGAGGAGAAACCUUAGAAAAACUAUUUGAGCGGUUAGAAGUAUUUUCUGGAAAAUCUCAGAAGAAGCUUCUGUAGGGAUUCCUGAAGGAAUUCCUGAGAAUUCUCGGAAUGAUCUUCGAUGCUUUCUUAUGAGGAUCCUUCUCGAUCCUCAUCUUCUGGUAGUCUUUGGUGUUUUUUUUUUCAGGAAUUGCUUCUGGCAUUCUUCAAGAUGUUUAUCCAAGGAAUCUCCAAGUAGAUUUUUCUGAGUUCGUCCAAAACUUUCCUAUGCUAUUCUUUCUCGAAUUUCUUGUGGGAUGUUGUCAGGAAGUCCUCUUGAGAUUCUGGGAUUCAUUUUUUUUUUUAAUUCACGUCUUGUUCAAAGAAUUCCUUCUUCGAUCCUUCAAAAAGUUUUAUCGGGGACUUCUUUCGUAGAUCCUUCUGGAAUUCCUUUAGUACUUUCUUCUGGUAUUUCUCAAGAAUUUACGUUUGGAAUUUUAAAAAGGUCUACAGGAAGAGCACAUGAAGGAUCUACUGGAGGGAUCCCAGAAUGAAGUUCAAUGAUUCCAGUAAUCCCAGAUGAAAAUCCAGAAGAAAGUUCAAAACUAUCUCCUUGAUAAAUACAAUUUAUCAAUACAAUACAAUCAAUACAAUACUCUUGAGAGUUCUUUCUGAAGGAAUCUCACCACACAGAAUGUGUGCAGGAAUUGAGGAAGUAUUUCGAUAUCUUAAAGAUAUCUCAUUGAGAAAUAUCAGAUUCAAACUUUUGGAGAAAUCCCUGAAGAAGCAUCCUUAGGAAAUUCAGAAAGAAUUCUUGAAAAAAAUCGGAAUUAAAAUCAGUUGAAGGUCAUUAGAAGGAUUUCUUGGAAUAAUCCCUGAAAUAAUUCCAGAAAGAAUGCUGAUAGAAAAUCCAUUUGAAAUCCUUGAGAGCUACUUGAGGAGUUUUAGACAGAUCGUCUGCAAUUUCGCAGAAGUCAUUUCGGAAAAAAAAUUACAGUAGUAACUCCAGGAGGAAUACUGGAAGAAAAGUCAUGAGAAACCCCAGAAAGAAAUCCCUACAGUAUUUCAAAAGGAGGACUCGAGAGGACUUCCUGUAAAACAUCCGGGAGAACUCCAGCAGAAGGUCUUGGAAACAUCACUAAAAGAACUGCAGAACACAUGUACUAGAUGAAUGUCUAGGAGAAAUGCCCAACAGAACUUCUGGAGGAAUUUUAACAGAUCUCUGGAAUCGAAAAACUCCUGAGCAAAAAAAUCAAAA